AUGGAAGCUCAACCUGGUGACACUCGUCCGCAAAAAAGAGUCAAACUCGACACUGACCAGGCAGACUUAACGACUUUGUCUCCUGAUCAAGCUGGCGCCUCAUCUACCAUGGUCAAGAAUCUAACAAUGGAUGACAGCGCAAAAGAAUGCGAGGUAGGUAUCACUGCCUUUGUCGACGGAUCUAGAAGCCUCUUUCAAGGGAUUCUCAAGAAGAGAUAUACAGAUUUCAUGGUCAACGAGAUAUUGCCUGGCGGAGAUGUGCUGCAUCUCCGAUCGAUGAGUGCCAAAGGCCUGCAAGUACAAGCUUCACACAACAAUGGCGCAGAGGCUACCGUGCAAGGUGUCCUUGAAAAUGUGGGGCACGAGGCAGUGGCAUCGGAGCCUCCUAUGGCGCAACGCGAGUCAAAAGAGACGAGGAUCCUGGGAAAGGCCAAGAGUUUAGAUGACUCUAAAGAAGACGACACCGGCAUCCAGAACCCCGAGAUUUCCGCUGAUGAUCGCGUUAAACUUCUCGAGUAUUUCAACGAGCAAAUUGUGGCACAGAUGAUCUCCCUGUAUGAAUCAAUCCUUCGCAAUCCUAGUAAGAAAUCUCGAGAAUAUUCGACAGUUCGGACACCGUUCACCUCCGACCGCAGUCUGCGGUCAAAGAUCCACCAGGAGAUCCGUCGCAUUUUCCACAGUAAGAUCGACUCAACCACAGACAAUGAGGGCAUAUUGGCCCUCACUGCAACAGCCUCGUCGUCGAACAAAAAUCGUAACCGCGGCUGGACAAAGCCCAACGAAAAGCCUUCGCGACCGGGAAAACUGAGCUGGUUGGAUCGUGGUGGCGAAUAUCUCCAUUUCACUCUCUACAAGGAAAACAAGGACACGCUUGAGGUCAUUUCCUACCUGACGAAACAACUCAAGACCAACAACAAGACCUUUCAGUUUGCGGGGACGAAAGAUCGGCGUGCUGUGACCGUGCAGAGAGCCAGCGCUUACCGUAUCGAAGCAGAGCGAUUAGCUGCAUUGAACCGUAGCCUACGAUAUGCGGCGGUAGGAGAUUUCGAGUACCAGAAACAUGGGCUGGAGCUCGGUGAUUUGACUGGAAAUGAGUUUGUGGUCACUUUGAGGGAGUGCCACCUUGGUGAAUCGACGUCAGAACAGAGCACCGCCGAGAGGAAGGCUGCCAUUCACUCCUACCUCUUACGGUCGCUCCAUGAGCUCCACGAGCAUGGCUUUCUGAAUUACUACGGUCUGCAACGUUUCGGGACUUUUGCUACGCGUACCGACGUCGUUGGUUUGAAGAUUCUCAAGGACGACUUCAAGGGCGCCUGCGAUGCAAUACUCGAAUUUUCGCCUGUGGCGUUGAACAAGUCUCAGACCCCGGACAACGGCGUCCUCGUUAGCCAAGACGACCGAUCUCGUGCUGAAGGGAUCAAUAUAUGGCGAACGACCGGCAGGAUCAACGAUGCUCUCGACAAGAUCCCGCGCAAGUUCUCUGCCGAAACAGCUUUGAUACGCCAUUUGGGUAAACGCCCGCAGGACUAUUUGGGCGCUCUACUUGGAAUUCAGCGCAAUCUGAGGCUCAUGUAUGUCCAUGCCUACCAGUCUUUUGUGUGGAAUCUUGCCGUGGGUGAACGAUGGCGGUUAUUUGGUGGUGUAGUUGUGGAAGGCGAUCUAGUGCUGGUCCACGAGCACCGGGAAAAGCAAAUAGCCGAGGAACCACCAAAGGAGACGGUGGACGCAGAUGGAGAAGUCGUCAUCGAACCGUCUGGCGAUGAUCGCGCCUACGAUCUCGACGACAGGUUUGAGCGCGCCCGUGCCCUCAGCGCUGCCGAAGUCGACAGCGGCCAAUACUCCAUCUUCGACAUCGUCUUGCCUCUGCCGGGAUUUGACGUCGUCUACCCUGCCAACGCGAGCGGUGAAUGGUACAAGACAUUCAUGGCGAGCGAAGCAGGCGGCCAACUCGACCCGUACAACAUGCGUAGGAAGCAAAAGGACUUUAGUCUGAGUGGCGGGUACCGCAAAGUCCUGGCGCGGAUCGGAGAGACAUUCGAGGUCAGCGUCCAUGAGUACGGCGACCGAGACGGCGACAAGCAAUUCGUCGAGACCGACAUGGAGCGGAUCCAGCGGGAAAAGCGGGCGUUGCAACAAGAAGAACCGUCCGAGACCGCUGCAAAUGAAGGUCCAAGCCAAACUCCGACAAAGGACGUCGCCGUCGCCGCAGAGCACCAGGAUCAGCAACCGCUACACGGGGCGGACGCGAAAGACAGCGACAACAACGGCGAAAUACCCGAAAACCCCACGCCGCUGCCGCAGAGCAGUCCAACACUCAAGCUCGCUGCCGUGCUCAAGUUCCAGCUCGGCUCAAGCCAGUAUGCGACAAUGGCGCUGAGAGAGCUAUCCAACGGCGGUAUUCAGGCCUACAAGGCCGAGUUUACGGGCGGGAGGUAA